AAAUUAAAAAAUCAUUAAAAAAAUCAAAUGUACAUAAUAUAAAUUUAAACACAAUUAUUAUACCUGAAAUCGUAAUAUAAUAUUAUUUGUGCAAAAAAAUGUCGUUCGAGGAGAAGAUUGAUACAAAUCUGUAUUCCAGACAAAUUGGAACUUUCGGAUUUGAUAUGAUGGGUAAAUUGCAAAAACUUAAUGUACUCAUUAUUGGUAUGAAGUCUACAGGAAUCGAAAUAGCUAAGAAUUUGGCAUUGAUGGGUGUAGAAUCAAUAAAGAUAUUCGAUAAUGAUAUAGUACAGAAGAGAGAUUUGGGCGUAAAUUACUUUGUAAGGGCUGGCAGUGUAGGGAAAGAGACUAUUGCUUCAGCCUGUCUAAAUAAUCUCAAGGAUUUAAAUAGAAAUGUUGAUAUUAAAGUUAUUAACACUGUUAAUGAGGAUUUGGUGCUGGAAAAUGAUGUAGUAGUAUGUUGUGAUCAGAAGAUUGAAGUCUUGAAGAGUUUGAACAGAAUUUGCAGAGCCAACUCGGCUGGAAAAAGAGUUGGCUUCAUAGCCUGUGAUACUUUCGGUAUGAUCGGCUCAGUAUUCGUUGAUUUCGGCGAUAAUUUCAUUUCUUUUGAUCCCACUGGAACUGAACUCAAAACUGGAAUCAUCGAAUCAAUAACUAACGAUAAGGAAGGAUUAGUAACCUUAAUAACUGACGGAGUGAUAGAUUUUCAAACUGGAGAUUAUGUUAGAUUUUCAGAAAUUGAAGGCAUGACUGAACUGAAUAAUAAAGAACCAGUCCAGAUUAAAGUCAAUUCUAAAAAUUCUUUCCUCAUAGGAGAUUUAUCCCACUACUCGCCUCAUACCAGCGGUGGCUUGGUUACUGAAGUUAGAUACCCGAAGAGAAUUGAGUUCCGCAGUUUUGAAGAUUGUGUCCUUAACCCCUCUAGUACUGGCUGUCUCUACACGAUCGAUUAUAGCCUUGCGAAUAGAGCAGAACAGCUCCAUUGGAUUGUAAUGGGCUAUAAACAUGGCAAUGGUGACCCCAAAUCGACACUAACUAAUGCCCAGCUGAUGAACUCUAACGCCAAAUCGUGUGCAGUGGAGUCGGUUGAAGAGGAACUUUUCAAGAGUUUUAUGUCGCAAGUUAAUUUUAAAGUCCCACCACUGGCUUCGUUUAUAGGUGGUAUAGUAGCCCAUGAGGUGAUAAAAUUCACUGGUAAAUAUCAUCCAAUUAAUCAAUGGCUUUAUGUGGAUUUCUCACUACCAAGGGAGAUGUUGUCAGGUGACUUUUCAGGGAGAGGAUUUGACGAACGAUACUUUGACCAAGUUUCACUUUGGGGGUCAGAUUUACAGAAUAAACUACAAAACUCUAAGAUAUUCAUUGUGGGAGCUGGAGCUUUGGGUUGUGAAUUUUUGAAAAACUUUGCACUUUUGGGAUGUGGAUCACAGCCAGACGGGCUACUGACAAUCACUGAUAAUGAUAGGAUUGAAGUUUCAAAUAUUUCACGUCAAUUCCUUUUCCGCACAAGACAUGUUGGACUGGCUAAAUCAUCAGUGGCAUGUGAGUCGGCACUGGAAAUCAACCCAUCGAUCAAAGUGAAACCACUUGAGAUUAGAGUUGGUGAAGACACUGAGGAUAUCUUUGAUGAGCAUUUCUGGUCAUCCCUAAAUAUUGUAGUUAAUGCUCUGGAUAAUGUGCAGGCAAGACAGUAUGUUGAUGGUAGAUGUGUCUGGUAUGAAAAGCCUCUGGUGGAGUCUGGAACACUAGGAACACUUGGGAAUGUACAAGUGGUAAUUCCACAUGUGACUCAGAGCUACAGUGAGAGUCAAGACCCACCAGAAACAUCAAUACCACUCUGUACCCUUAAACACUUUCCAUACCAAGUUGAGCACACGAUUGAGUGGGCUAGAGAUGUGUUUGAAGGACUUUUCACACAAAUUCCACUAGAUAUCAAGAAGAUUAGACAAAAUGAUGAAGGAGUUGCUGAAAUUCCGUAUGAAAGAUUAGAAUUGAUAUCUAAACUGCUUAAGUGCACACCGAAGGAUGUAAAGGAGAACCUGUUGAGGAUCUCCUCAGAGCUUUUCAACCUCCACUUUGUAAACAACAUCCAGCAGCUUUUGAACUCUUUCCCGAAGGACCACGUACUCUCAGACGGUCAAAGGUUUUGGAGUCCUCCGAAAAGACCGCCAACACCACUCACGUUUGAUCUCAACGAUAAGAUUGUCCAGUUGUUCAUACUCUCAACGACCAAGAUUUUUGCAUCAAUGAUGAACAUGGAUGUUGAUGUGGUGGAAUCAGAUGUACUUUCACUAAGAGGGCUCAGGUUACCAGAAUUCCAGCCUAGAGUACUCAAACUAUCGCAAGACAAACUUAACGUGGAGGUACAAUCUGAUACAACCACAGACAAUGACCCGUUAUUACAUGAGAUUGCACACUCGAACAGGACACUUGAUGCAGUGGAAUUUGAAAAGGAUGACGAGACUAAUUACCACAUAGAGUUCAUCUGGUCAGCAUCGGUACUCAGAUGCCGUAACUACGCAAUAAAGGAAUGUGACAAAAUGAAGGCCAAAUUAAUAAGUGGAAAGAUCAUACCGGCGAUAGCAACUACAACUGCAAUGAUUGGAGGCUUAGUGACAAUAGAGUUCCUUAAGGCGCUCUGUUAUAGGAAUCUUAAGAUUACCCACUUUAGGAACGCAUUUGCGUGCUUGGCUACACCAAUUUGGCUUCAAUCUGAACCCCUACCGCCCAUACCGACCAAGGAUAAAGAUUAUGAUCCUGUCACUUGUGGACCAGUGCGAGCACUCCCGCCCAAUUUCACAGUGUGGAAUAAGUUAAUAGUGCUGAUUCCCAACGGGACUGUGAAACAGUUGAUUGAUUGGAUAAGGAGCAAAUUCAAUAUUGAGGUCAUCAUACUAUCUGCAGGAAAUUUGUGUAUAUAUAAUUCAUUUCUACCGCAACACCGAAACGAAAGGUUGAAUGCAGUUAUUACUGAGUUAGUGGAAAAGCUCGGAAAGAAGAAGAUUGGAGUCGGAUGUUCACACCUUGUAAUUGACGCGAGCUGCACUGACUCAGACGACGUCGACGUCGUUAUCCCAACCAUUAAAUUCCAGUUCAAAUAAUUUUCUUGCUUC